GAAGAAUCACUACGAGUCGAGAAGAAGAGACGCUGCCUUCGCCUCUUGCUAUUGAAAAGGUAUUUCCAAUCAUGGUCAGAACACAUUAUGGAUCACCACGUCUCAAAUCAAGACCUCAUCCAGAUGAUCAUGAAAUGGAGCCUGAUGAAGGUAACUACAGUCCUCACUCCAAAGGUCGAAGAGAUGUCCAAGACUAUCCAUCCAAGGCGCCAUGCAACUGGAGAGAAUCCAGAGGUAGAGGGCGACCCCCGGUGGUCAGGAGAGGUCCUCUGAUGGGAGAAGAAAGGGAGCCACAUUUUGAUCACUGGAAAUCUCAGGGCCACGAUUCCUUUCAAGGUUACCAUCCAAAAAUGGAAGCACAUCACGGUCAGAGAAGACCUCAUCAAUCCAGGCCACCCCGCUCCCCUCAGAUCCAUCAUCGGUCAUCUCACAGUCCGUCACGUGGACACCACAGUGAGAGGGGCCGCUUUUUUAAUGGCCACCCCUCAGGCCACAUGUCACCUUCCCCAAGACAUUUUCAGAGUCACCCAGCUGACAGGAGACCAGGUUCUGCACCCCAUUACCAGGGGUCUUUCAGGGAUCCCAAACGGCACACGGGCUAUCCUCCACAGGAUCAGCGGGGUCGAGACCCUCGAGUGCAUCGCAGUCCAAGAGGAAGGCCUUAUGGAGACUCAGGUCAUGGCAUGAAGCACUGGAAUAUGGCCGGAUCAUUCUCUCACCCACGCAAUGGAGAGUACGGACCCCCUGGACCACAAAGAAGCCCCAGAGAGAUGCACGGGAGAGGCCCGUUUACUGAGAGGUGGUCAUCUGAGCAAGACUCCCGGCGUCAGUGGGGUCCAAUGGAGAGGCUGGGCAGCCGAUCCCACAGUACAGAGAGGGUACAAGAUGAUGCUCACCAUUCCCCAUACAGAGCCCCCUCAUGGAAAGGAGCGGCAGGACCACCAUCCUUCCACAGGAGCCCUCAGGAGAGGCAAGCGCCAGGACCUCGCAAGAGGAGGAUUUCAGACAUCAGCAUGCCUUCUUCACCCCCUGUGCUGGAGCACGGCAUUAUAAAACACCCCAGGAGAGACCGACCUCAGCCGCUGGGCAUCCCCAGGCCAUUUGGUGGUAAACCUUUGUCCCUUAGGGAUAAAGGUAACCCAGUUAAGAACCAUCAAACUGGAGCGGAGUCUCUUAUGAGGCUCAGAAUACCUCCAUCUAUGAAACCAAGACCUCACCUGAUCGACUCUCGCACGGUACUUGAGAUUAGGAAGAAACGCUUCCAGUUAGAUGCUGCACCGCUUCAAAGUCCCGAACCAAGAAGAACAAAACCACAACAGUCGCCCCCUAGAGAGGAAAACGACAGCAGCACAUCUUCAAGAGACUCAGACACAGAAACAGAACAGGUGGAGUCUCGCCGGUCCCCAAACUCACACAGAGAAUCUUCUCCCAUAGAGAACGGUGACCUUGUUGUUCUGUCUCACUGGUCGCUGGGGCCGAGCUCCUCCAAGGACUGUUCACCUCCUAAAGAUCACAGUCCAGAGCCUGAGAGCGAUCACAGUUCAGACGAGGACGCGAGUCCAAGCAGACGAGUUCAAAAGUCAAAUGAGUCGAGAUCAUCGUCUGAGGAAAAGAAACAAGAACAUCUGGACAAGAAAACAUUCAGACCAUUUAACAGGAUGCAUAACACAUACCGAUUUGCAAGGCCUUUCAGGCGACCAGGACCCGGCCCUUUUCUGAGGCCGAAGAUGUUUGGUGGUCCCAGGAGGAUAGACCCUGAGCUGAUGACCAUUAGACGCCCGCUCAUGGAGAGUUUAGUGCCACGUCCGUUCCCUAACCAGAGGCCGAUGUUCCGGAAAACUCACAGCAUCAUGUCCAAAUAUCGCAACAUGAGAGCGAUGAGGCAGCGUGCGCCGUACUACAGAGGACCCCACCAGCAGCGCUGGUGAUGAUGAUGACCGCUACAGAGUGAACGUGUCUCAAUCUGCAAGCUUGAAACUGGAGACGACUGGAAGAUCCCAUCAAGAGCUUUGCUGUUGGGAAGACUGCACAGACUACAGUGCACCAUCUCAACACUCCCAACGCGCCUGUGCAUGAAGUGUUGUUGACUCCAUUUCUUUUUUUUUGGUACAAGUCUUUGUUUCAUCUUUGAAAUACUGCAGUACUUGUAGAAAUGUAACAUAUGACAUAUUAUACUAUCCCACUGGUGAGAUUGCUGCUUGUUUUGAAAUGUCCUUGUUUUACUUCACCUAUUGUAGCAUUUUUGUUCAUGAGCAAAAGUCAAUUUUACCAAAUUGUGAGAAGCAUUUUCUUUUAAUAUCUGAUGUUUUGUCUGUAAAGUCUCAUGAUAUGAGAUGUUUUAUUUGAGAAACUCGUGGGCGUUGAAGUGUUUGUCAGCUUGAUUGCUGCUACUUGUAAAAGUUGUUCUUUGAGACGGACACUUGAAAUAAAAAUGGUUUUA